AUGGAACUAUUACUUCAACGUCAUCAAUCUGUGAUUCAUCAACUGCGUAAAGCUGAACCAAUAAAAUAUGUAAAAGAACUAUUUAAUGAAAUUGUCUUAUUUUUAAAUAAUAGAAUACACAAUCAAACAGACGGUUUCCAUAUUUUAUCUGUAAUUUGUUAUGAAAUGGCUGGAUUUACUACUCUAACAUUUUUUAAUGAUCCGGAAAUAAUGAAUCAUACAUUUUUUAUAAUAAUUAAUAGAACAUUUCAAAUGUUAUUAACUAAAUUAACAUUUAUUUCUUUAACAAAAGAAGAUGAAGAGUGUAUUGAUGGAAUUAGUUUAUUAGUAAGCAAUUUAUGUUUAAAUAGAAACAAAAUAUUAACAUGUUUUUAUACUGAUAAUAAUGAAAAAUUGAAUCCAAUGAAUAAAGAAAAAUAUGAUUUAAUAUCAUAUGAAAAAAUAUUUUUUACAGAAUUAUUUAUUAAAAAGUUUGUAAGAAUUAUAGAAGAUGAUAUAGCUAUUAAUAAUUAUGAAUCAUAUCAUAUUAAAUAUAAAAUUAUUGAUCGUUUACUUCGUGUUUGUAUAAAAUUAAAUGAUAUUGAUAAAAAAUUAAUUCUUGAUUCUAUUGUAAAAUGUGUAGAAUCAAAAAUUUAUCUAAACUUAUACAAAACUAUUGAUAUUUCACAACCAAUAUUAACUCCAAAACAAUCAUUUUUUAUGUGUCAAUGUCCGAAAUUUAUUCGUUUAUGUAGUCGAAAACGACAAGAUGACAUAUCUAAUGUAUUAUCUAAAUCAAUAAUAAAAUAUAAUUGUGGUAUUUUUGAAAAACAUCUACCAAAUGUUUUAAUAGGUGAAUUGGCAUUAAAUCAAGCAAUCGCUUGGUAUAUUGAAUUAAUAAAUUAUAUUGCUUUAACACCGACAACAAGAGAGUUUUUUAUCAAAAAAUUCGAUAGCGAUAAAACGGUGGUAGAUCAAAUGAUCGAAAUUUUACAAGAAAAAUCAUUAAUAAACAGUGUUUGUAAAAAUGCUGCAUCAUUUCAUCCUGAUGUUGCCCUUAUGUCAUGUUCAAUAACUGUGUUGUACAAUUUAACAUUUGAGAAGAAAAUAUUUUAUGAUUUAAAAGAUAGAAAUGUAAUAGAUAUUUGUAAAAAAUUAUACAAAGCAAAAGAUACAACAAUACAAUUUGCGGCUCGAACAUUAGCUGCAAUUUUAAAUCAAGAAGAUAUUGAUGAAAUGGAUAGUCCAUCAAAAGUUUCACGAUCUUAUUUAUAUUUUAUUGAAAAUACAAUUGAUGAUGUAACACUUACACAUCAUGGAAUUAAAUUAGAUGGUGUACUAACUAAUCUUGAAGGUAUGGCUUUUCAUAUUUUAAAAAGUAUUUUUCUUAAGUAUCAAUAUCAGUUUGAAUUAAUAAAAAAAAACCUGUAA